ACGUCUUUCGGUCGCCGCCUGUGGAGGGAUGGACGGAGAAGCGGGCCGAGGCGACGGGGUGGUCCGCGGCCGAGCGGGACCGGCAGACGCCGAGGAGGCUCUGCAUCAGUGCCGGCUCAUCCAGAACUUGGUGGACAUCUGCAUCUCCAGCCUGCAGGCUCUGCGGACCCGAUGCGCCGCCACCAACGACCUCACCCGCCAGGAGAUCCGCACUCUAGAGGUGAAGCUGACCAAGUACAUGUGGACACAGCUGCAGUGGAAGCAGAGGGUACCAGAAAGGGAGAGACCUGAAGCUCUGGCUGGAUACCCAAGACUGGAGAACUGGCUCCUAACAGCUGACCUCAGACCACAGUUCAUAGAGGCUGCAGCUGGGAAGCUCUCAGUGGACGGGUUGCUGCAGAUGUCCAGCUCUGAGCUGCAGGACACAAUGAGACGCCUGGGCUCCAACUCAGAGGAUUGUUCUCGCCUCACUGCUGCCCUCUCCUGUCUAAAGAGUGCAGAUGAAACAGGAGGAGACCUGAGGCCUGACUCAGGCUCUUGCAGUUCUGAGCCCCAACAGGACAGUGAUGCCUGCAACCCCCUGCAACCCGCCAGCACCCACAGCCCCUCCAUCUCCAUAUCAGUGGUACCUUGUUCAGAUGACCAAAGACCAUACAUAUCAACGGAUGAAAUGACUGACAUCUUCACCCCGGAGCCAAGCACCCCUCCAGCCACCCAACCUUCAAAGACCCGCACUGCCAAGCCCUCCCACACAACACCACCACCUUCUUGCAAACUGCUGCAGCUCCUCCCCAACAUUGCGCUGACGAGAAGCAAGAGUCAGGAGUCACAGCUUGGCAACCGCAUUGAGGAGCCUGCUACACACAAAACCUGUAAGAAGAACAAAGUGCUGGCCGCGAUUCAGAUCAACGGCUGUGGGAACGGGCCUGAGGACUCAUCACUGCGGUCGCCAUCGCUGUCUGCCCGAACACCUGGCCCCAACCCAGCCUCAGCCCCAUAUGUGAUGCCUGCUACCCCCACGCUGCUGGACAAUGUGACCAUACACAGAAGUUCUCCUCAGACAAUGAGAAGAGACAUUGGCCUGGCUGUAACACACAGGUUCUCAACCAAGUCCUGGCUCUCCCAGAUGUGCAAAGUAUGUCACAAGAGCAUGAUGUUUGGUGUAAAGUGCAAGCACUGCAAGUUAAAGUGCCACAACAAAUGUACCAAAGAUGCUCCCUCAUGUCGGAUAUCAUUUCUCACAUUGCCAAGGAUGCGCAGGGCAGAAUCAGUGCCAUCAGAUAUCAAUAAUCGGAUUGAUCACAAAGCGGAGAUCCCUCUGCAGUAUGACACUUUACCAAAGGCAAUAACCAAAAGGGAGCCUCCCCCCAAUUUAAACCAGCUGGAUUCCAGCAGCAACCCAUCAUCAGCCACCUCCUCCACGCCCUCCUCCCCAGCACAUUUCCAGCAGAGUAACCCCCCAAGUGUCAGCACCACGCCCCCGCCCAACUCUUCACCUCGGGGCUCCCGCGACAACCGCUUCAACUUCCCAGAUGUUCCUGCUUCCACAUAUACUGCUGGUCAACCUUCUGGCAGCUACUAUGAUUCUGGAGUGUCACAGGUGGCCCACACUGAGACGCAGCUACCUGCCACAGAAAAAGGGAGGGAGGAGGGGGCAGACUACCCAGCUGAGGAUGGGGAAGCAGUUGACCAGUGCAGCAGUAAAAAGAGCUUUCACACUGAGGAGUGUGAUGAGGAUGGGCUCGAGGACCUGCCUUCUUCCAUAUGCCGUCGUGGGGCUGCAGGCCGUUGGAAGGGCCACAUCUCUCGUAAAGCCAGCCAGACCAGCGUCUACCUACAGGAGUGGGACAUCCCAUAUGAACAGCUGCAGCUGGGAGAGCUUAUCGGCAAGGGUCGCUGGGGGAAGGUGCAUAAGGGUCGCUGGCACGGGGAGGUGGCCAUUCGCCUGCUGGAGAUUGACGGCAACAACCAGGAUCACCUGAAGCUCUUCAAGAAGGAGGUGAUGAACUACAGGCAGACCAGGCACGAGAAUGUAGUCCUAUUCAUGGGCGCCUGCAUGGCUCCGCCCCACCUCGCUAUCAUCACCAGUUUCUGUAAAGGUUGGACUCUGUACUCUGUUGUAAGAGAAAGAGGUCACAUGCUAGACAUCAAUAAAACCAGACAGAUUGCACAAGAGAUAGUAAAGGGCAUGGGCUAUCUUCAUGCCAAAGGCAUCAUCCACAAGGACCUGAAGUCUAAGAACGUGUUCUAUGACACAAACAAGGUGGUCAUUACUGACUUUGGCCUGUUUGGGAUGUCUGGAGUGGUACAAGAAGGCAGACGAAAAAACGUGUUGCGGAUACCCCAGGGCUGGAUCUGCUACCUGGCUCCAGAGAUUGUUCGAAAGAUGAGCCCAGAGGUUGAUGAGGACCAGCUGCCUUUCUCCAAAGCUGCUGAUGUUUAUGCUUUUGGCACAGUCUGGUAUGAGCUGCAGGUCGGAGACUGGCCAAUCACCAACCAACCCGUGGAAGCUAAAAUCUGGCUAGUGGGCAGCAACGAGGGCAUUAAGAAGGUGCUGGCAGAUGCCAACCUGGGCAAGGAGGUCACGGAGAUCCUAUCUGCCUGCUGGUCGUCCGAGGCAGACGACAGGCCAACGUUCACCCAGCUGGCAGGCAUGCUGGAGAGGCUUCCCAAGCUGAACCGCAGGCUGUCUCAUCCCGGACACUUCUGGAAGCCGACUGAGUCGUGGGAUCAUCAUCACUGUCUGAGAGAUCACUGCCAUCAGGGCCUACAUGCACACUGUCCAUACAUGUACAAAUACAGCAGCUGACAGCCAAAGGUGCCCUUUAAAACGGAAACUUCAUUUGAAAUUGAUUCUUUAUAUUGGAUUGAGGAAAUACUGAUACCAUUAUUUCAUAUUUUCUUGUCUACUAGAUACCAAAUUAUACCAAUUUUUACAAGAAACAUUUCUUGUUAUACCAACAUAUAAUUUUAUAUAUCAUAAAGUGACAUAUCUUGUUAUAACAGCAUACUUACUUAUUUGAUUAAAACAAGAAACUCUUCUUUUCAAAUAACAAGAAAAUUUUGUGAUGUAGUGAUAGUGAAGUUAUAUGUUGUUAUUACAAGAAGACUUGUAUAUAUAGACUGAAUAAUUUGGUAUCAAGUCAUAAUGAGAAAAUAUGUCAUAAUAACAUGAAACAUGUCUUGUAAUAUGAAAAUGUUCUCGUAAAAACAAGGACAUUUUCUUGUUACAACAGAAAAGAAAGUUGCAAAAAAUCUUGUCAUGUUGGCAACAUCCCGCUGCCAUAAAGAACAGGCACCCCACCUCUGAAAUGUUUCCAGUGGACAUUGAAACUGUGACAGAGCUGUGACUGAGCCAGAGCGCAGCUGGAUGCUGUGUAUAUUCUGUGUUAGUAAACCAGAACCCAUCUAAAUACUGACUAUAAUGCUUCUGAAAACAAAAAAUAAUAAUAAUAGUAAUACCUGACAUCCUGGUCAGAUAUCGGUCAAAGCCUAGUCAGCAAAUGAGACAAUGACAUUAGCAUUACGAUGUCUGCUAUUGAAAGAAGAUAUCCUUUACCAUUGUCUCCAUUUUCAGUUGUUACAUUUCAGGGUGCUCAUUAACUGGUGUGCCAACUGGUUCCUCCCACUUUCUGACCACUAACUGUUGAAGCUUCUCAGUUGAAUAUAAAUCCUUAUAUCUGUCUGUCUGUCAGUGGACAGAGUGCCUUAACCCUGUUUGAGUCAUCCUCAUAGCUCGAAGGCUGUUGGUUUCGGAUGUUACUGCUACGUUUACUCCUAAUUAUUGGAGAGGUAAAAUAACAUUUAUUUCAAGGUUGCCAACACAACGUUUACAUCUAAAGGGUUGGUUCACCAAAUUUGCAAAACUGCAUUAUAUUUUCAUUCAUCUUUAGUGCUGUCUCUCCAUGCAGAUUUGUUAAAUUAUUCCAGGUUUUGAGAUUUCUGCCUUUAAUCCAACACAGUGGGGUUGAAUUGAUUUUGUUCACAGCACUGAAAUUUGAUAGAAAAUGAAAAAGGCACUUCUCUUUGCAGAAACAGUAUCCGUGUUAGUUUGGAUCAUCCACAAAACACUUUGUGGUCAGUUUUAAUUGAAACUUGUUCCUAUUAAAUUGGUUGACAAGAAAGUAACACUACUGGCUUGGCUCAAGGAAUGGUAAUGUUAUGUGGCUGGUCAUUCCACCACUUUGGUCAGUAUUAAAAUAUCUCAACUACUGGAUGGAUUGCCGUGAAGUUUUGCUCAGACAUUCAUGGUCCCCAGAUGUUGAAUUGGAAUGACUUUGAUAAUCCUCUGACUUUUCAUCAAAUGCCAUCAUUUAGUCAAAAAUUCAGUUUCGCCAAUACUCUGGUUUUGUGACCAAAUUCGUACAAAACUGACAUUCCCAUCAUCCUCAACUUUACUUUAUGUUUAGUGCUAAUCAGCAAAUGUUAGCAUGCUAACACACUUAACUAAGAUGAUGAACCUACUUGCUCACAUUAUAUUGAGCAUGUUGUCAUACCCAUGUUAGCACUUAGCUUAAGCACCACAGAGCUGCUAGCAUGGCUGUAGACUUUGUACACUGUAAUGUUCAGUGUGGUGAGCACCAUAAAUCAAAAAGAUGCCAUCCACCUCAGUUUUAUUGUGGUAAAUCUCAGAAACAGCUAUCUCCAAAUCUAGGCAAAUAACAACCAAUAUCUACAUGGAGAGAUACAACAAAAGGUAAUGAGAAAAUUUGUAAUGUUGUAAUUUAAAUAAACUGAACUUCUGAAAAGUGUACGUCACAGAAAUAAGAAUAAACAAUACUUUAAUGUUUUUUGAUUGCCAAGGUAUAAGAUAAGAUAAUCCACAUUAUCUGUAUCUUGGGGCAGCUUUGGCUUAGCGUUGCUGUAACAAAUAGAUACAACUGUCAAAACACCCUGUUUCAAUCGAUUAGACAUCAUUAAUGGAUCAAAAAAAGGAAAACCAAUGAGUGAUACCUCCCACACUUUAUGAGAGCUACAAGUGACCUGUCUACUUAUUCAGUCUUACGUUGACUCCUGGCAGGAGAACAGUGAACUGGAGGACAAUACUGAAAAUAACGGUUGUAUUAAAGUAUGAAGACAUUUGUGAUGUUGCCACAGGUCUGUUUCCUGUGUGAACUUUAGUAGUUGUCAUUUUAGCAAACAGUGUGUGGCUUCUCUAUGUGUGGAGUACAAUAUACACUCACUGAAUAAGUCUGAACCUUAUGGGCUAAACCCAAUCAAACAUGAUCAAACAAUGACCUUAUGCAUAUAUGUAUAUAAAGUGUUGGAGAUUGUAUUUAAUAUACAGUGCUCAUGUUUGUACAAGUUUUCAUUUUAAUUGGUACUUCAUUCAUAUUUAUGUGUAGAUUUUAGACACUGUGUAAACUGUUGUUGGUUGAUUGGUGUUUUUUUUUUUUUUCAUUUCUUUUUUGAGGGUGGGGUGGGUUAAUCUGUAGUAUUUUUGUAUAGGAUUUGUUGAUACUUUUGAAGCUUCUGGUCUGGACAACUGUAGACAUUAAAGCUGAUCUCGAAAGACUGAGUCUAUUCCUUUUUGUAAUAGAACCGAAAGUGUAAUAGAAAUAGAAAGUGUUAUCGACCUAAACUAAACGAGCAGUCCAUGUGGAUACAAUAUUAUAAUAUACAAUAUACAGUACCUAUACAAGGACGUUCUAAAAACCACUUACAUCAAAGCCAGUCUUAUGGACUGCCUUGAGGACAUCAAGUGUUGGAUGGCACAAAAUUUCCUGCAGUUGAAUGAAAGCAAGGCCGAAGUUAUCCUGUUGGGCUCCUCUGACUCUAUCAAAUCGAUUACCAGCAGCCUAGGCAACCUGUCCACCCUUGUUAAACCCUAUGUUAAAAAAACCUGGUUUGAUACUUGAUUCUGCCCUAAAGUUUGACAGCCACGUCAGUGCAGUAGUAAAAGCUAGCUUUUUUCCAGCUUCAUACUAUUGCCAAAUUCAAGACCUUGAGAAAGUCAUCCAUGCCUUCAUUUUCUCUGGUUUAGACUAUUGCAAUCCCCUGUACACUAGGAUUAGUCAGUCAUCCCUAUCCCAUUUACAUUACAUUUACUUAUUUACUCAGCAAAGGCAUGGUCACCCCUGAACUUAGAUUUAGAUUGCAGAUUGAUUUCAAGGUCCUAAUGUUCGUUUUUAAAGCCCUAAAUGGGCCGGCCCCCUCAUAUAUCUCUGACCUUUUAAUCCCUUAUUUCACCUCCAGGACCUUCAGGUCGUCUGACUUGGGGUGACCAUGCCUUCUCUGUUGCAGGCCCUAGACUGUGGAACAGCCCCCCCCAUCAGACCUGCCCCCUCAAAUGAUUCCUUCAAGUCCAGGCUCAAAAUGCUCUUUUAUUCUUUAUUUGGAUCCACUUGAUGUGGUUUUUUUCUAUGCCUUUGACUAUGUUUGUCGAUUUAUGCUGUGUGUUAUGUGGUUGUUUUGUUUUUAGUCUUUUAGUCUUUCUGACUUUAUUGCCUGGGUACCUAUUGUUUUUAUUCUGUACAGCAUUUCGGUCAACUUGCAUUGUUUUUAAAUGUACUCUAUAAAUAAAUGUGUACCUUGACUUGAUAUUCAAGACCAAAAAGGGAACUGAACAGUUUGCAUGUUAAAAAAGAUUAGGUAGAUGACAGAUUUAAGAACAGGAGCUGUGCACUUCUUCAUUUAAAACCAGUAAAUUAAGGCCUGAUCUGAAAAUGGUUACGUGUUACUUUUUUCAAUUAAAAUUAAACCAGACUAAGAGUUCUACAGCCAUGCUAGGAGCUCUGUAAGGCUGUACUUGGACACACCCAAACCAUGAAAAACAGACCAAAACCAACACAGUACACAUAGAGCAUGCUACUCCUAGCUUGGCAUCUCUUCCCUAAAUGUCAGGAUUGACUUAAAGACUACAUUGAUACCAUUCUAGUCUGUGAGCUUGCAUCUGACCAUAUUACUGAGCUUUUGAACCCCAAUAACCCCGCAAUCUCACGGCCACAAAAACACCCCAAUUGCCCAUCCCCUAAUCUAGACUGAGGACCAACAGUGACCGGGCUUUGCAAUUCAGGCACCAAAGUUCUGGAAUGACUUGCUUGAAGAAAUAUACUGGAUACAAAUGUAAUGCACUGUAGUCAAUUCAUUAUCAUAUUUCACGUCUUUUAAGGCUCAUUUAUGGACUUACUUUUAUAAAUGAAUUGGCCAGGAUUGUCCCAGUGAUUUACUGUGAAUUGUUUUGUUUUGUACUUCUUUUAUUCUAAAUUUCCCUAAUUUUUUCCUGUUUAAUCCAUCCUGUUC